AUGAGCUCAUUUCAGUCUCGUUCUAGCGUCGUUCCAAGUUCUUCGGCGGAAACUGACGCGAGGAAAGAAAGACGAAGUCUGACUCCAUUCUGGGACACGAAUGUGAGAGAAAAAGUGAAGGAGAAUCAGGCGUCUACCUCUGUUGUGGGACAUACAAAUCAACCGGCUGCUACCUUCUCCUUCGAGAGCCGGAGGCAGAACCUGAAGCCGAACAAGAACUCUGACUUGUUUGCAGCGUCUUCGAAAGAGAAGAACGAGGAGGCCUUGAAGGGGUGGAAGCCAUGGAGAAAGGCGUUGAACAAGUACAGCCAUGAGGGCAAAGACAAGAAGAAGAUCUCUCAGGCCUUGUCAAAGAUCGCUGCUGAGACUCUGAUCCAGUCAAACCCUCUGUUGGAGGCCUCGCAAGACAGUCUCACCCCCAAUUAUCAAGUUCGCGACCUCUCCUCGCUCUCUCUCUCUGACCUGUGCAUCUUGAAUGUGGCAUUUCAAGCCGCCGACGUGGAUAACAGUGGUGCUCUCGACAUGCAGGAGUUCAUCAACGCCUUCCUUCCGUUGCUGGCCGCGGGAGCCGGAGACCUUCACCUGAUGUUCAUGAGGAUAGACGCGGACUGCGAUGGCACCAUAACUUGGGAGGAGUUUCUUUCUUUCAUCGUCAUGCAGGAUGACGGAGCGAUUCAACUCGAAACUGAAAGCUCGAGGAAGCUUUUUCAAUAUCCGAGCAUCGCAGACAAUGCUCUGCAGAUCGUGGGGCACAAGGAAGUGGCAGCUGGUUUCAUUUGCUUCGACGAGGUUGAUAAGUACUUGUCCUACAGCAGGAAAGGAGACCUGCUCGUCUGGUGGCCAGACGCCAUUGAUGGGGUGAAGAUCCGCAGCCCGAAAGCUUACCAAACUGACUUGUCUUUCAUCGUCGGGCUCAUUCAUGUUGCCAAAUUUGGGCAUUCUGAUAGAUUUGCCGUGUGUGCUGCAAACAAGCGCCUCCUCUUCCUCGACUUGAUCCGAGACAGCUUCAAGGUUGUGGGGCAGCUCGUUCUCGACAUCUCACCCCUCUCCAUCUGCAUGAUUGCCAUCAAGGGCGAUACAGAAAGCUCGAAUGAGAGCAUGAUCGCCUUCGGAGACGACUUCGGAAGCAUCCAUCUGUACGAUGCCGACAAGCUGGUGCACAUAGCCAGCCGACAUGAGCUCACUGCCAACGGCUUGUCCAAGGAGAUGUGGACUGCUAGGGCCGCGUACAUCAGCUCAUGGCAGGCGCAUGACAAGACCGCCUGGGUGACCAAGUUGGACUAUCACGACGAGACGCGCAUGCUGCUGUCGUCAGCGUCGGAUGGGCAGCUUGUGGUCAGCGAUGUCAUUCGCCGAACGAUCAAGCACGAUGGCUUCAGACACAGAGGGGAGGUAGCGGAUUUCUUGUGGAUGCCCAAGUGGCAGCUGCUGGCUUCAUGUGGUAUUGAGAGGUACAUCAGCAUCUGGCAGAUUCCCAUCAAAAACCCCGCGUACAAGCUAGAAGGGCACCAGGCGUCUGUUCACAAGUUGGCGUAUGGAGGUGGGCAACUCAUCAGCCUAGACACGAGCAAGACAAUCAUCAUAUGGGACCUCAGAGAUAUGGAGCCCAUCCAACGCCUGGAAGCAGCCAAAGUCCACCAGGAGUUUCCAGUGUCGAGCAUCAUCUUCGACGCUCGCAGGAACACGUUGCUGAGCAUCUCUCGAAAGAUUCUUCCAUGGCACAUAUCAGAGCGCAAGGUUCCCAACGGGCACGCUCUGCCCAUCUCCUGCUGCGUUUACAACCCCACCUUUGAGAUCCUCGUCAGCACGGACGAGGCCUCGGUAGUGCGAGUGUGGAACGUCAACACAGGAAAGGCGAUCAUCCGUUACGAGAACGCGCACACCAACGCCAAGUCGGAGCCAGUCAAGAUAACGGCAGCCACCUUCGACCAGACCAAUCGGCGGCUCAUCACAGGAGCGCAUGAUGGGAGCAUCAAGGUGUGGAACUUCAGCACGGGCCAGCACCUGAGAGAGCUGGAGGGGUUUGGGAGCGGAGAGGUCACUUCGAUCCAGAACUUCAGCAUCACUCCCUACGACUACAUCGUUGCAACAGGGUGGAACCACAAGGUCUCGUUCUGGGAGGAGUCAGGGAGCAGCACGGCAGAGAGGCAGGGCAGCAAGAAGGCAGUGACGCAUCACUUCGAGGGUCACGGGGAGGACAUUCUGUGCAUGGUCUGCCACAAGGAGGCCAACCUCAUCGUCACCUCCUCCUACGACGGUGACAUCAUCAUAUGGAACCACGAGCUCGGCAUCCCCCGAGCUCACCUGGUCCUGCCCGGCAUCCGCAUGAUGACGCAAGAGCAGAAGCCGAUAGAGGCCAUGGUGAUCAUCUGCUGCCCGAGCCAGGUGGAGCAGGAAGACUUGAUUCUGCUGGUAACAGCCGGAGGAGAUGGGGUCGUGAGGUUCUGGAACGUGACGGGGGCGCCUGAGCUGCUGCUGGAGUACACCAUGAAGGACUCGAGGGACGCAGGUUUGUCCUCGUUGAUCUCGUGCGAGAGGAGCAAGGUUAUGAUCCUCACUGACAACCAUGGCUUCGUCUACGUCUUCGACAUCCAGGCUACCAUGAAGAGCGCGGGGCAGGCGACGGACAUGUCAGACAUUCGGCUGUGUCGUCCAGUGCAGAGGAGCAAGUGGCGAGCGCAUCUUCAAAGCAUCACGAGCGUCUGCUACGUCAACUCAAGGAGAAUCGUCAUCACGGGAUCGCGCGACUGCACCAUCUGCGUGUGGACGAUCCAUGGGCACAGACUGGGGAUCCUCGGUGAACCUUCAGGAUGGGAGCUGACGGCCGACAUGUUCCGAGACUUCAGGCUGGAUGAAGCAGCCUUCGAUGCCUCGCUGCCGGAGGAAGAGGAGGAGAGUGGGCAGCGGACGGAGAGUCCCAGCCCUGUCGCAGAGUCGGGCAAAGACAAAGUUCAGCCAGAGAACGACUCGUCGAGCCGGAUCCCCAUCUUCACCCUGCAAGCUCAGAUGACGGGGAAGAGGCUGGCAGUGACAGACCCAACACAGGAAGAGGGCAAGAAGACGAUGGCUGACGAGUCGAAGCAGCAGGCAACUCAGAACGCUUUCUUCAUGACUCAGGACUUGGAUAUCAGCACAAUAUCACGGGACGGUGAGCUCGAGGAGGACAACAAGGACACGGAGAGCAUCAGCGACAGUUCGUCGUCCGAGCUCGACCUCCUCUCCUUUGCCGAUGCUGGUCCUCUACGUCUGCAGGAGAUGGGAGGGAAGCAGGAGGUUUCCAUCAACUACGCGCUCAAGGACGAAGUCGACUCGAUCCUCCAGCGGGCCAAGGAGAAGCGAGAGAACCCGGAGAAGUACUUCGAAGCUUCCUCCCUGGAGAUCUCAGCGUACCAGAAGAUGAUAGUGAGCGACCUCCAUGAGCUCUCCCUGCCCGCGUCUGUGUCAAAGAAGAUGAUGAAGGGCAAGAGGCUGGUCAAGGCAGCCUUGUCGCACGGCAAGGAUCAGACGCCUUUCUCUGACGUUGACUCCGAGUUCGGAUCGGAAUCUGCGUUCGAGAGGGACAGAGCGCUAUGAGCAAUGCAUGCCAUGCUAGACGAGAUUUCUGCUCUGAUGACUUUUAACUUUAUGUUUUCCAAACUGGUUUUCUCUUUUCAAUGAAAGCUCCGAUUCCUU